AUUUGCGUAGUCCGUUGAUAUAUAUCAGGUGUGUGUUUGUGCCUUGUUUUUUUUUUUUAUUCAUAUGCAUAUUUAAUUUGCACGUUAGAUUUGUUCGUUUGUACAAUUUACAUUUUUCUCUUUAAUUACGUUAAAUGGAAUUCAAAUGCCACGAGAGGUCCCCCCUAAACAGAUCCCUUUCGACGCCGGACAUAUCUGCAAAUGAACCUAUCUGCAGGAAAGUUUACAUGGAAGAGUACUAUUACAGGCCAAGCAAAAACCAUGCACAAGGUGAAAGUCCAAUGAUAAGGCAUAUCAGCUGUCAGCAAUUGAUAGGCCAUGGUAUUCCACCUAACAGAAAUUUUGUGUACGGCGGUGUCCCAUUUGAUGAGAUAUCCAAGUUUCCUUCGGCAAACACAUUGUGCUUAGAGACGAGUGCAGCUGAUUUCCAUGAUUCACCCAUGGAUGUCGAUCAGGAGACUUCUAUGGAGACGAGCAAUCUGUUAACUGAAAUGAACGAGGUUAUACAAGCGCCUGCAGUUGCCUCCACUCCGAACGCCUUGAGCAAAUGUAAAGUGAAGUACAGGGGGCAAGUGCCUAUCCUUAUAAAAGAACCCGAAGAGACUGUAGAGGAAGAAGAAGUGACUGUACAGAUCAAAAGCGGAUGGUUCUCGUGUUGGCUGGCUGUGGCUGUGAUUUGCUUGAUAUCAGGUUUAUGUUAUAUCCCCUAUUAUGAUAAAUUGAACUAUCAGAGGAAGAUCCAAUUGGACGCGAUCAAGAACGAUCUGUUGAGGAACGUCAAGUAUCAGAAGCAACAGGUGCAGCAAAUCGUCACUUUCAUGGAUAAAGUUGACAUGAACAUGCUGUCGACUCCGGACAAUUUCUUAGCUUUAAUCGGACCGACAGGUGUUGGUAAAUCGCUCUGCGGUAAUCUCAUCAAGAAGAAUUUCAAAGAGAAUCAAGUCUUCGACGUGGACAAGAACAAUUUCAUCUUGGACGCGAUGUCCUUCCACAGGAACAUGCCAUAUCUGGUAAUCGUCGAUAACCUUUCCAUCGAAGAUCUGCAAGCGGUCACCGCGUUCUUGGAUUCUCUGGCCAGGGGACCGACGAUCUACGUGAUAGCUAUUUUUAAUACACAAGACUUGUCUGAUGACGGCGAAUACUCUGUACGAGAUUCGAGCCCGAUCCCGAAACACUUCGACAACACCAAUUACAGGAUUCACUCGGUGCUCUUCGACAAGAUCUCGAAGGAGGAAGUGUUGGAGUACGCGAAGGACAAACCGGACUAUGAUUCGGUGAAGCCGGUGAUCGAGGAGCACAGUUUCGAUGAGUACGGUUUCAAAGGUUUCCGCGCCAAACUGAACAUUUUGCAGAACCCCAGAUUAAAUUUGAUAUUUUAAGUGAU